AUGGAGUAUGACACCGAUCACGAACCGCUGGAUGUUGUAAAGGCUACUCCGCACGAAACUGUUCCCUUGAAGGAAGAGAGCGACAUCGAGAAUGACUGGCUCGAGACCAAACGUGCGAUCAUUGUUGCUGCCGUGCUCUCCAUCCUUCUUAUUCUUCUGGCAUACCUCGACACCGGAACCGAAUUUGCAACCGUAGCCGAGUGCUAUUUUCCGAUCAGUCACCCUUACAGAUACACGGUGCCUGGCUCAGACAAUUCGUGCGAAUCAAUUGCCGAUACCGAGAUAGAGUGCAUCACAGUGACCGUGACGGUGACGGUGACCGAGACGCCUACACCGAUUCUGACAAAGCACGGCAUACCACCAAGCGUGACCGAGAUCCGCUGA